AUGUCACCAAAGCCACUACCGACAGACCUGCCCACUUACACCUUUCGGUCCGCCCGAGAUUUUGAGACUUUCCUCGAGCGUGAGCACACCACUGCCCCUGGAUGCUAUGUUAAGCUCGCGAAGAAGUCGGCGUGCGAGCCGUCGGUUUCGUCAGCUGAGGCGGUCGAGAUAGCUUUAUGUUUUGGGUGGAUCGACGGCCGUGCAAACGGCUUCGAUGAGAACUGGUGGUUGGUGCGAUAUACUCCGCGCCGGUCGAAAAGUAUUUGGUCCCGAAAGAACGUGAAUACGGUGACCAGACUGGUCCAGGAAGGUAGGAUGCGCCCAGCGGGCAUUGCUGCCGUUGAUGCUGCCAAAGCGGAUGGUCGCUGGGCUCGCGCCUACGACGGCCCAGCGACGAUAGCUGUGUCGGACGAUCUUGCUGCCGCCCUCGCUGCCGUGCCUGCGGCGUCUUCUUUCUUCGAAGCUCUGAGCAAGUCAGAGCGGUACGCGGUGCUCUGGCGCAUACAGACAGCGUCCCCUCAAAAUCGAGCGAAGCGGAUCGAAGCACUCGUCCAGAUGCUAGCCGUUGGGAAUGUACCCGGCCGAACAGUAAAACCCCAAACGCUCCCUAAGGACAGACAAGCCGUGAAGAAAGCGGUGGCGAAAAAUUCUACAGUGAAGCAAAAGCUGGCUACGGAAGACAUACCCACUGGCCAGCCUCUGCCAACGGCAGAAUCCAGACAGCCUCGACGUUCUGGGCUGCGGCCACGAAGCUGA